GGGGCAGGGGGACAGCCCGGUCCCCGCCAUGGGGUGACAAAGCCGGGUGCUUUGGCUCUGCUUUUGGGUUCUGAUCCCGGGGAAGGGUCGGGGGGAGGAACUGGCCAGCGUUCCUCCAACUCAAACUUUACACAGCCUCCAAAAAGCUUCAUCCGCACCCCGAGAGCUGCUCGGCACCUUCACACCAUGGGCUGAGCAGAACUUUGCUGGGGACACCCAGGGAUGGUCACCCACCCGUGUCCCCCGGCUUGCAGGGCAUCACACGCCACGUGGGCCCUUCCUCUAAUUCCGCUCCUUCCCGAGGAAGCAUCUCCAACCUCUUCCUCGUUUUUAUUCCUGAGAAGUUACUCCCCGUGCCUGCCCUGUUCCUGGCUCUUUGGUGUCCAUCCUGCCUCGGCCUCCUUGCAUCCCUGCCCGUGUCCUGCCUGAAACUCCGUGGGCAGGGAUGGGCAGCUCGCCCGCCUCCUUUGGCACUGCCUCCAUCUGGAGCUGUUGAGAUGGCGGAUUCCUAUCCCUGUAAAGGUGGAAGGAAAACUCCAGGCUCUAACAAACCCACUGCCAGCAAAGAAAGCAGGACAGAGACCAGAAUAAACCCCCCAGCAGAGCUGCCCAAGCUUGGAAAUGCAACCAGUGACAAAACUGAAGGCAAGAAGAAAGGACGACCCAAGGCUGAGAACCAGGCUCUGAAAGACAUCCCUCUCCCCCUGAUGAACCAGUGGAAGGACGAAUUCAAAGCCCACUCCAGGGUGAAAUGUCCCAAUUCAGGCUGCUGGCUGGAGUUCCCCAGCAUUUAUGGUUUGAAAUACCACUAUCAGCGCUGCCAAGGGGGUGCUAUCUCAGAGAAGCUGACGUAUUCCUGCUCCUACUGUGAAGCUGCCUUCACCUCCAAAACCCAGCUGGAAAAGCACCGGCUCUGGAAUCAUUUGGACCGCCCGGUGCCAGCCAGCAAAGCAGAAAACAAAGUGCCAAAGGCCAUUGGGAAGAGCAGUGGCAAAAAAAGAGCUGCUGAGAGUUCAGCUUGCCCCACCAUCCAUCCCAAACAGGCAAAGACGGAAAAAGCCGUGGGCCAGGAGCACGCUGAGAACGGGGAGUGCCCGGCAGAGAGCAGGGAGGGCAAGGAGUUCCAGAUUGCAGCAGCUGAAGCCCUGGCAGCUGCCACCCCUACAGCCAAGUCCUCCAGUGGCAAGGACACCCUGCAGCAGGGGGGCAGCCAGGCCUCUCUGCAGGAGGAAGACCCCGAGAGGAUGAAGCACAAGUUAGGAAGGAAACAGAAAACUCCUAAGAAAUUUACGGGGGAGCAGCCAUCCAUCUCGGGGACGUUUGGACUGAAAGGUCUUGUCAAAGCAGAGGACAAAGCAAAAGCCCAUCGAGCUAAGAAGUUAGAGGGGAACACCAACAUGGAGGAGCUGAAAAAGAAACCUCCAGGAGCUGGUGUGAAGAAGGAGACAGCUGUGCAUCUACCAGCAGCAAACCCUGAGGACCAGUGGCAGAGGGAGAUCAGUGAGAAGGGAGAAGUUGCCUGUCCAACCUGCAGCGUUAUUACCCGGAAAACUGUGGUGGGGCUCAAAAAGCACAUGGAUGUCUGCCAGAAACUGCAGGAUGCCUUGAAGUGUCAGCACUGCAAAAAGCAGUUCAAGUCCAAAGCUGGGCUGAAUUACCACACCAUGGCUGAACACGUCAGCAAGCCUGUUCCUGUGGAAACCCCUGGGCUUGGGGAGCAGGAGGAGCGGGAAAGGCUGCGGAAGGUGCUGAAGCAGAUGGGAAAGCUGAAAUGUCCCAAUGAGGGAUGUGUGGCCAACUUCUCCAGCCUGAUGGGCUACCAGUACCACCAGAAGCGGUGUGGGAAGCAGCUGGCUGAGGGUGACAAGCCUGUCUUCAGCUGUCCCCACUGUGGCAAGAAGUACAAAUCCAAGGCUGGCCACGACUACCACGUGCGGUCAGAACACGUGGCCUCGGUCAGCCCCCCGGACACCUCCACAGCCCAAGGAGAGGGGACAGACCCCCCCAGGGCUGACUGCAGAUCUGCAGAGCCUGUGGACAGGACAGAGCUGGGCAAGGCUGGGCCAGGCAAGCCUCCAGAGGAGCCCGAGGUGAAGUCUGAGCCCAUCCCCAUGGAAGACUUUGAGAGGACCCCGAGCGGCCGCAUCCGUCGGACGUCAGCCCAAGUUGCUGUGUUCCACCUGCAGGAGAUAGCAGAGGAUGAGCUGGCCAGGGACUGGACCAAGCGAAGGAUGAAGGAUGACCUGGUGCCUGAAACCAAGCGGCUCAAUUACACCCGGCCGGGGCUUCCAAAGCUUAAUCCGAGGCUGCUGGAAAACUGGAAGAAUGAAGUGAAGGAGAAAGGCCACAUCAACUGUCCCAACAAUUGCUGUGAAGCCAUCUACUCCAGUGUCUCGGGGCUGAAAGCUCACCUGGCCAACUGCAACAAGGGGGAUCACUCAGUGGGCAAGUACCGCUGCCUCCUGUGCCAGAAGGAGUUCAGCUCUGAGAGUGGGGUCAAGUACCACAUCAUCAAGGCUCACUCAGAGAACUGGUUCCGAACCUCGGCAGAGACCAGCCGGAAAAAGAAAAGCAGGGAACAGCUUUCUGCCAGCAAAGAGGAGAAAAAGAAAAGCACAAACGGGAAGAAAAGAGGGAGGAAACCUAAGGAGAGGCUUCCAGAAACGUCCCCGAAGGGCAGAGAGAGCGUGGCAGCAAAGACUAAUCACAAGAAAACCCUCGAGCACUGGGAAGGCUCCCGAGGGAGCCCUGAAGGGGACGAUCGUGUCCCCAAGCCCCCGAGCCAGAGGAAGGGAGGAGCCAGCAAGGUGCCCGAGAAAUGAGCAGCUCAGAGACUUGACUCCGAGGAUUCGUUUACAGCCCAGGGUAACAGGGUGGGGGGUGGGGGUGGGGGUGUCUCUCCCAGUUUUCUGUUCCCCUUUGUCCCACCUCCCCCUGCUCCCCGUCUCCCCCCCCCCCCCCCGUCUCCCCCCACUCACCCCCUUUUUACAAAAAAAAAGAAAAAGAAAAAAAAAAAAGAAAAAAAAAAGACAGAAAAUACCAAUUAACCACUUUAAACAAGUCACCGACCUUGUUUCACACUGGAAAACAAAACAGGAUCAAGCAAGCUGGACCCUUCCCACCCUCUGCCCCUGUACAUACCCCUCAUCCUGGUGGGACCCCCCCCAUCCCACCCCCCCUGUACCCCUCACUCCCUUUCUGCCUCCCUGCACCCAACUGGGGACUCUUGAGUGAAAGAAAAGUGCAAUAGGGGGGGUGGGGGGGCCGUGGAAGGGGCUUCUCUGCAGCUGCCUGCUGGGUGGGGGGGAUGCCCCCCUGUCCUGGUGCCUCUGAUGGGCUCCAACCCCCACUCCCCUGCUCCAUCCCUGCUCCCAGGACGGUGCUUCCAAAGAUGUUUGAGCCAGAGAGCAGGGUCUGGCAGUGAGCCCUGUGGGGGGGUCUGGGUUUGGGAGGAGAGGCAGGGAAAGGUUUGGGGCAGGGGUCGUGGUGGCUGUGGGGGGAUUGUGGCUUCGGGAGGUGUGAGCACCCCUGGAAGGUGAUGGGAGAAGAGGGGAGUUGCUGUAGGAUGGGUCAGGUCAGAGGGAUUCACUGGAAGUUGUGGGAAUGUUGGGGUGUGAUGGGAGCAGCCGUGUCCUGGGGGCAGUGCCAGGGACAGGGGGAGCUGCUGGAGCUGCCUGACCCUUGUGGGACCCCCCCAGGGCUCAUUCCAGGUCCCCAUCCUGCCUCAUCCCAAAGGUGCUGAUAGCCCAAGGGGAAGGAAUGGCUUUGGGGUCCUGCAGGAGGUGUGUGACGGGGACAGGGGGACAGCAGCAAGUGACAAUCAUGGGUCCUGCUUUCAGGCAUCUGGGGGCUGGGACCUGCUGUGGGGUCUGUCCUGGCUUCCUCGAGGUGCAUCCAGGUUCCUGACUGUCUUCCUUGGAGUCAGGGCCCCCCAGCACGAGGCACUGCCCAUUCCUUGUUCUCUUUAUUUGGCUUUACCUUCCAUCUGCACCACCACCACUUUGCUCCAGCCUGGAGAGAUCCAUCCCCGGAGCAGGACUCCAGACAAAAACCAGGCUACCUCGGUCCUUGGGAUAAGGGGCAAGUUCUCUCUCAAUAAGAGAACAGAAAACCUUAAUUUGAUUUUUUUUUUCCACCCCCCACUGCCCUGUACAGAGCCAGGAAGGUGGCGUUGGAGGGGAUGGGGGAGGAGGAGAGCUUUUGCUUUUAUUUAAAUCAAUUAAAACCUCAACCCUCACUUUCCCUCUCAGCUCUUCAGCCCCCACCAGAGGCUGGGGAUUGCUCCCUGUUCCCAGGAGCUGCUCAUGAUAAUUAAUGUCCUUCUCUGCUGGCAGGUUAUUAGGGACAGGGCAGAGGGGAGGGGACAAGGGGGGGUCUGGUGGCAUCUCUGAGCACCCAGUGCCCUGUCCAUGACUCCUGGGAGCUGGAUGCCACCAUGGCACAGCCCAGCACCUUCUCCUUAGGGUGCAGGAACCCUCUAGAGCUCUGCUGGGUGCUCCAGGCUUCUAAGCAAUUAGUGAGAAAGCUUAAUUAGCUUGGGUUUCAUCCCCUUUUUAAAUCCUGACACCCCCCAACUCCCACCCUGGGGAAGGGAGAGGAGGUGAAGAGCUGUAGGACCUGGAGCCUUGGUCUCUGUCAGGAUGGGGACAUGGGGACACUGUCCUGGGGGGUGGCAUUUUGCUGUGCUGAGCUGGAGGGAUGGAUCCAGCUG